AUGCAAGAAGAAGACGAUCGUCGAGCGUCGCAAGGUUGGCAAGAAGCAUUAGCCACAGCGACCUCACAACCACAAACUCACACAGACCGUCGUGAUGCCCAAGCUCAACCAACGCAGCAGCCUCAAUUUGCUCAACAAAAUGGUGCUUUACCGCCAUUUUCGACGCUACCGCAGCUGAACAUCCCCGCUACACAGUCGGAAGCCGCUACUUCGCAAAUUUUGCAAAUUUUGCAGCAGCAGAUGAUGACUCAGCAACAACAGAUGGCUCAGCAGCAACAAAUGUUAAUGCAAUUGUUGCGUCAACGAAGCGACCUUACAACGGGCGAGGAGCAAAUUUUGGAUUCCUUAAGUGGCCACAUUAAGGAAUUCAGGUAUGAUGCUGAAACUGGUGCUACUUUUGCGGCAUGGUACAAAAGGUACGAGGACCUGUUUGAAAAAGAUGCCGCGCGGUUGAACGACGAGGCGAAGGUGCGAUUAUUAUUGAGGAAGUUAGGAACCUCUGAACACGACCGAUACACCAAUUAUAUCCUACCUAAACACCCACGGGAUUUCGUACUAAAAGAAACGGUCUCCAAGUUAACAGCGCAUUUCGGCACCAAGGAGUCCCUAUUACACAAGCGUUUUAGGUGUUUGAAGCUGACGAAACUUCGGACGGAGGAUUUCGUCACAUUCGCGUGCCGAGUUAAUCGCGGAACCGUAGAUUUCGAGCUGGGGAAGCUUACGGAAGAGCAGUUCAAAUGUUUGGUGUUUGUGUGUGGUAUUAAGGAGGAAGAAGAUGCUGACUUUCGAACGCGCCUCUUACGUCGCAUCGAGGAGCAACAGGAUGUAACGCUCGAUCAGCUCUCCGCAGAAUGUCAGCGCAUGACAAAUCUUCGACACGAUAGUGAUAUGAUCAAAAGUGACAAAACCGAGAAAGUACUAUCCGUUCACGACAAUACGCAUCGACGGGACCGUCCUUUAUAUAAAAACCAACCAAAUCGGGCAUCUAAACCGAGCCGGCCCUGUUGGUUAUGUGGUUCUUUACAUUGGACUCGUGAGUGCACGUUUAGAACGCAUAAGUGCACACAAUGUGGAAUAAUGGGUCACCGUGAAGGCUAUUGCAAGCAACAAAAGAGACAACCUCAGCGCAAGAAGCCUUUUAUAAAGCAAACGAGCAUGCGUAGCGUUACAGUGAACGUGCAUAGUAUACGCAGUCGAAGGAAAUACGUGAACAUCAAACUGAACGGCAAACAGAUCCGUCUGCAACUAGAUACGGGAUCCGAUAUUUCCGUAAUAAGUCGUACCUUGUGGAGAACGAUCGGUAGCCCGCAACUUACGCCGCCAUCGGUAAUUGCGAAAUCAGCUUCGGGUGAUAAGCUCGGGAUUCUGGGGGAAUUUCAGGCGAAUAUUGAAUUAUCCCAAAAGAAGCGUCAAGCCGUCAUUUACGUCAUAGAAGCUGAGCUAGCCUUACUAGGUACCGAUCUCGCUGAAGUUUUCUCGUUAUGGUCGUCUCCCAUCGACGAGAUCUGCAACCACAUCUCCAGCACAACGAUUGCCCCAGAGGGAAUUUUACGAAAAUUUCCAAUGCUUUUCCGACCUACCAUGGGUUUAUGUACAAAAGCUGCCAUCACGCUGCAUCUGAAACCCGAUUGCCGUCCCGUGUUCUCUCCUAAGCGCCCUGUAGCCUUCGCGAUGCGCGAUGCAGUAGACGCCGAGCUGGACAGAUUGCAGAAUUUGAACGUGAUAACUCCCGUAGAAUAUUCUGAGUGGGCAGCCCCAAUUGUCGUCGUGCGGAAGUCGAACGGCAAAUUGAGAAUCUGUGGAGAUUACUCAACCGGCCUGAACGCAGUACUCCAUCCACACGACUACCCCUUGCCACUGCCAGAGGACAUCUUCGCAAAACUCGGUAAAUCAACUAUUUUUAGCCAAAUUGAUUUAUCAGACGCCUUUUUGCAGGUCCCAAUCGCCGAACAAAGCCGCCAGAUGCUCACAAUUAAUACACAUAAAGGGUUGUAUCUAUACAAUCGCCUGCCACCAGGGAUUAAGGUAGCGCCAGGCGCCUUCCAGCAACUUAUGGAUCAAAUGCUUGCUGGCAUGGAAGGUGUCUCAUGUUAUAUGGACGACAUAAUUAUCGGAGGACGGACUCAGAACGAGCACGAUGAUCUCCUAAGUGAGACCCUCAGGCGCAUCCAAGAGUACGGUUUCACAAUACGCUCAGAUAAAUGUUCAUUUAACAAAAGCCAAGUACGCUACCUUGGUCACAUCAUCGAUAAACAGGGUAUCCGUCCCGACCCAGCCAAAGUGGCUGUCAUCAAAGAUCUUCCUGCUCCACGCGACAUCGGCGGUGUUAGGUCGUUCCUAGGCGCCAUAAACUACUACGGGAGAUUUAUACCAAACAUGCGACGCCUGCGCUACCCUCUGGAUAAUCUUUUAAAGAAUGACAUUACCUUCAAUUGGUCCCCAGAAUGUCAGAAGGUGUUUGACCAAUUCAAGUCGUUACUUGUUUCCGAUCUGCUGCUAACGCAUUAUGAUCCAGGACGGGAGAUCAUAAUAUCGGCUGAUGCGUCAUCCGUUGGCUUGGGUGCAACCAUCAGUCACAAGUUCCCCGACGGAACUUACAAGGUCGUACAACAUGCAUCACGCGCUUUAACGAAGGCGGAAACGAACUAUAGUCAGAUCGAUAGGGAAGGUCUGGCUAUAAUAUUUGCUGUGACAAAGUUUCACAAGUACAUUUUCGGACGUCAUUUCUACCUUCAAACGGACCAUAAGCCGCUGCUAAGAAUCUUCGGAAACAUCCUAUCGCGGCUGAUAAAACAUCACGAUAAGCUGAAUGAAGACUACAUCAUCGCCAGCAUUAGCCUAGAGGACGACAUUAGUCCGCAAAAUACACAUUCGAUUGCGAACCACCGGUUACCACUGGACGUCUUGCUGGACGCUUGGGAUCUAUCAUCAUCAUCACCAUCAUCGGCUGUAAAAACGACAACACAAUCAUCUUCGGUUGAUCCAUCAUCAUCAUCGGCAACAGAAACUACGACACAAUCCUCUUCAGUUGUCCCGCAAUCAUCCGGCUCGACCUCGCCCCCAUCUGAUUCAUCUAUAUCGUCAUCUUCAUCCAACAUAAACGGUCAUCGGCCACGAGAGAUGGAACAGCAGCUACCGCCACGCCUCUCCUCUAGAGAUAGAAGAGCUCCGCGUUGGCUCGACCCGUACCUGCUGUAUUAA